GACAAACUGUUCCAUACUGUUAUCGAUGCCAUACGUACUUUCACUGCACUGAAGAGUCCCAGACUGGAGGAGGGAGCGUGUACUGUCACUGUUGAGAAUCUGUUACAUAAACCGCUCUGAAACUGUAACCACCUGACGACAGGAGCUUCAAGAUUUACCCAUAGAGAUAUCUACCAAUAAGUCUGGAACUAUUUUCAUUCUAACUUCAUAGAUAUAGAAAUAUAGAAAACAUCCACCAUCGGUCGAACAUUUGUGGAUUCUUCCUGACUAUUGGAACCACUGAACUUGAUUUGACAACGGUGAGGCACUCAGGCAGACUGUGGGACUGAGAUCAUUUAGCAGUGUUUCCACCGGAAGGAUUUUAACAGCGCAAAGAUGGCGGCUUCAUUGCUGAGGAUAGGGCGACUUGGCUCUACCAAGUGCGUACAGGCGGAGAGGUGGAGUGCUCCUGCAGCAGCUGCCCUAUCCACAAAAGCUGGUGGUCCCAAGAAGCCCAAGAAGAGCAGCUCAGGAAAAAAGUCCCAGGGCAAAACAUAUUUUGAUUUAGAGAAGCUUGUACCACACAGAAAAUAUGUGGAGUUUCCAAAGAAAGAAAUGACACCAGCUGCUGCAGCAGAACUUGUCGCCGCCCCAAAGCCUGUUGAAGCCGCUGCCGCAGAGCCAAUUGUUGCCGCGGCUGAAGCAGUUCCAGCCCCCGCUGCAGUUGAAGCCACCCCCGUCGUCGACACAGUCGCCCUCGCAACUGAAGCCAUUGUUGAAUCCGCCGCUCUUGUAGCCAAAGCCACCCCUAUUGUUGAAGCUGCAGCUGAAGCCGCCCCUGUUGUUGAAGCCGCUGCAUCAGUAGCUGAAGCCGCUCCUGUUUCAGCCGAAGCGGCUCCCACCGUUGAAGCUUCAUCAGCUGCCAACGCACAUGUUGAAGCCGUCCCGGAUGCUGCUGCCCCUGCAGAAGUGGUUGCUGAAGUUGCCCCGGUUGAAGCCAUAGCAGAAGUUGUGGUUGAAUCUGCAACCAUUGAAGCUGCGGCUGAAGCCCUUGUUGAAGUUGUAGCAGAGGUUGUGGCUGUAGCGGCCCCCAUUGAAGCUGCGGCUGAAGCCCUCAUUAAAGCUGCAGGAGAGGUUGUAGCUGAAGCUGCCCAAGUUGAAGCUGCAGCAGAGGAGCUGAUUGCAGAGCCCCCGGCUGAGGCAGAGCGGAUUGAGGCGCCUGAGGACUCAGUUCAACUAGACCCAAUCCAGAAGCUCUUCCUGGAUUCGAUCCGCGAGUACUCCUCAAAGAGCGUGGCCAGUGGCGGCUUGGUAGAUGCAGGCCCUGCAUAUGAGAAGAACUUGGCAGAGGAGCUGACUAAACUCCAGCGGCUUUAUGGUGGUGGAGACAUCACAGCUUUCCCAGAGUUCAAGUUCACAGAGCCCAAGCUGGAGGAAGUGGCCCCUAAGUAAACAUCACCAGUUUACUUUUCUGCAGCUUUUUCCUGUCCAGCUGUUCUAUGAAUAUUGGAAGUCUAAAGAUAACUGUAUCAAGUUGAUGCUAAAAUCCUUUACAUUUUCUAUGUGGGGGGAUAGAGCUGAUUCCAUAUAAAUAUAAAUUCUGACUUAAAGUCUGUUUUAGAUGCACAUGUUGGCGGUCAAGCGUAGGCUGAGCUGUGAAAUAUAUAUGCAUUUGCAUAGGAUGAUCCAGGAAUGUUGGAUGGGGGGUAAAUAAACUGAUCCAUAUUCUA